AUGCCGCCUUUUAGAAGGAAGAAGGCUGCCAAGUCGUUCCCUGUUAAAGUUUGUACAUUGGAUGCGGAAUUAGAGUUUGACCUUGAGUGGCGGGCAACUGGCAGAGAUUUAUUUGAUUUAGUGUGCAGAACAAUUGGCCUAAGAGAAACAUGGUUCUUUGGGUUGCAAUUUGAGGACACAAAACAUUUUAUUAGUUGGCUGAAGUUGGAUAAAAGAGUACAAGAACAAUGCGUCUCACAAAUGCCAGGGACACCAUUUAUGUUGCUCUGCAAAUUAUAUCCUGAAGAUGUGGCCGAGGAACUGAUCCAGGAAGUUACCCAACACCUCUUAUUCCUACAAGUCAAGCAAGCCAUACUGAAGAUGGAUAUAUACUGCCCACCGGAAGCCUCUGUUCUACUUGCUAGUUAUGCAGUACAAGCUAAGUAUGGUGACUAUGAUGAAACAGCAUCAAAGCCAGGAAUGUUAGCUAAUGAGGAUCUGUUACCUCAAAGGGUCAUUGAUCAAUAUCAGAUGACACCUGAAAUGUGGGAGGAGAGGAUCAAGAUAUGGUAUGCAGAUCACAAAGGCAUGUCAAGGGAUGAAGCAGAAAUGGAAUAUUUGAAAAUAGCUCAAGAUCUGGACAUGUAUGGAGUUAACUAUUUUGCUAUUAAUAAUAAGAAGGAAACUGAUCUGUAUCUGGGAGUCACAGCUUUAGGUCUGAAUAUAUACGAGAAGGAUGAUAAAGUCACUCCCAAAACAACCUUCCCAUGGUCAGAGAUAAAGCACAUAUCUUUUGAUGACAAGAAGUUUGUUAUAAAAUUUGUGGACAAAUCUGUAAAUAAUUUUAUAUUUUUCUCACCCAAAGGAAUGAAUAAGCUGAUCUUGGAUCUUUGCAUCGGCAACCAUGACUUGUAUAUGAGGAGACGGAAACCUGAUACUAUGGAGGUGCAGCAGAUGAAGGCUCAGGCUAAAGAGGAGAAACAGCGUCGUCAGAUAGAGCGUAAUAAACUGUCUCGUGAGAAGCAACUGCGUGAAGCGGCGGAACGGGAACGAGCUGCAAUGGAACAGCGUCUGUUACAGUACCAGGAGGAGAUACGACUAGCCAACGAUGCUCUGCGUCGCUCAGAAGAAACAGCUGAGUUGUUGGCAGAGAAGGGUCGUGUGGCUGAAGAAGAGGCUUCCUUGUUAGCACAGAAAGCAUCUGAUGCGGAGAGGGAGAACGCUAGACUGAGACUCUCCGCUAUACGCACAGAGGAGGAAAAGGUUCAUCUAGAACGUAAGACGAGGGAAGCAGAGUUCCUAACGGCACGUCUUGUUGAAGAAUCUGAGAAGAGAGCUGCAGAGGCUGAGAGACUGAAGGCAGAGUUAGUAGCGGCUAGAGUAGCGGAGAAACAAGCGAAGGAAAAACUGCUUAACUUCCUGAGUAGGACCUCGAAUGGAUCCCUGCCACCUCCGUCUGCGAGCUCAUCGCCGUUUCCGUCUUCAUGUUCUCUACCAGCGGAACUGUCGGAGGCUCCGUUGGCUGACCCUGAGCUGACUGCGUACACCCUCGUCAGUGACGACGACCCUCACAUACACAGGCUCAGUGUUGAAAUAGAAAAGGAACGUGUCGAAUAUCUGGCGAAGUCGAAGCACCUCCAACAACAGCUUGAUGAGUUGCGCUGUGAGUUCUCAGUAUUGAGGGUAGAGCAGGGCGGAUUGGAUCAUCUCCAUGAUGUACAGGCUCGGGCUGGCGAGGACAAGUACAGUACACUACGACGACUGAAGCAAGGCUCCACUAGGACGAGGGUUGCCUUCUAUGAGGACUUGUGA